CUCUCCUCUAGUAAUAAGCCUCUAUUACCAGUCUUUACUCAAAUGGCUAAUCAGUUAUUAUUGAAAGAUCCAGUGAACUUGUUAUGUGCCCAAAGGUUGUGGAAAGUGACUCUCAUUGGUGAGGGGGCAGAUGAUGCAGGAGGAGUGUUUGAUGAGACACUUGCUCAGAUGUGUGAGGAAUUGGAGUCUGUGACAGAAGUUAAGUUGUUGACAAGAACUCCUAAUAGCAUUAAUAAAUGUGGUUUUAAUACUGACAGGUUUGUCUUUAAUCCUGAAUGCACUGAUUUUAAAUUGUUCAAGUUUUUUGGUAUUUUGUGUGGAGUUGGUAUCAGGACAAAGAGACCUCUUAAUCUUCACUUGGCUCCUCCAAUGUGGAAACUGGUAGCUGGAAUGAACCUUACCAUACAAGACCUUGAGGAGAUUGACUUGUUAUUCACGAGAGCGUUGGUUGGUAUUAGAGAUGUUGAUAAAGGAGGAGUUACUGAAGAUACUUUCUCUGAGAUGAUUCCUCUUGAAUGCUUUGAGGCUCAGAGUAUGUCUGGACAGUUUGUUCCCAUUGUUCCUAAUGGACACGACAUCAAAUUAACUUUCAAGAACAGAAACGAAUACUUUGAGAAAGCUCUUCAUUUUAGAUUACACGAACUAGACAAACAGGUUGCUGCCAUAAGAGAAGGUCUAUCACUGAUUCAUGGUUUUUAG